AUGCCGAGCGAGAUCGCGACCACUGUAAGCAUGCUGCCGCUUAGGCUCAUGACCAAGGGUCCCGGCUACCUCCGCAAUCAAAUGGAAGGGGACUGGCGGGGUCGUCAGAGCACCGCGGAGAGACUGGCUGCCAACAAGGCCAAGUACUUGAAGAGCCAGACGACGAGGGGGUGCAAAGUGGAGCCCAAUGGUUUGGGCAGCUCUGCCUCUGAGGAAGACAGCAACAGCUGCAGGGGGGCCAGCAGCAGCACGAAGACUUACCUGGCCUCCGGCAGCCCCCAGCAGAGUGAGCAGCUGGGGCUCCCGACUGACAUUGUGCGUCGCUCCACCUCCAAGAAGCAGCUCAGGCCCGACUCGCUGGUCACGUACCGGCAGAAGUGCGAGUUUGUGCGAGGAGCGGCGGCCACCAGCAGCUCCCGCGGUUUCAAGGGCAGUGGCAGCCUGGUCCGGCGGCUGCUGCCCGGCUCUAGGGGCCGGGGCGACAAGCAGCAGGGGCCGGCAACGGGAGCAGCAACGUCGGAAGGGGGAGAAUUAGCAGAGGGUACAGAGGCUGCAGCACCCCAGGAUGCACAAGUAGCCACACCAGCAGCACUCCAGGGAGAAACAGCAGCCUCGCCUGCAACACCACAGGGUGCACAAGGUGCACAAGUAACCACGCCAGCAGCGCCACGAGAAGCAGCAGUAGGUCGCCCCAAGGAGCUGCUCAAGCGGCGGGUUGGUGAAGGCAGAUUACGGCGCUCGCACGCCGACCACAGCUGCCACUUCUCCCGAGCCUGCUCGGGCUUGGACAGUUUCCUCGAGCACUGCGGACUCGAGCCCGAGGUGAUCGAGAAUCUGGCCAGGGAGAAGUUUGCCGCCUUCGAAAGCCUUGCCCUCAAGUUUCGCAGCGUGAAAGCUUCCAUUCACAUCCGUAAGUCGUCCAGGUUUGUAGGUUAA